GAACGCCUUUGAGGGUCACGCUUUGGUGCCCACAAGUGUUUCAUACGAGAAAGUACACCGACAACCAACCCACUCUCCAACGAGUCGAUUCAAAGUGAGCAAAGUGAGCGCAGUUUCUUUUCGGAAUCGGCCUGAAGAUGAAGUACAUCGACUUGCCGGGCGGUGUGGGCAAAAUGCCAAUCGUGGGCUACGGAACGUGGCAGGCCGUGGAUUCCGAGCUGGAGGCCGCACUCGACGAGGCCCUGACCAUUGGCUAUCGGCACAUUGAUACCGCUUAUGUUUAUGAAAAUGAGCAAGUUGUCGGUAAAGUGCUGAAGAAGUGGUUGGACGCCGGUAAAGUCAAACGGGAGGAUCUGUUUGUGGUCACUAAGUUGCCCGAAGUUGGAAAUCGUCCAGAAGGAGUUGAAAAAUAUAUCAAGAGAUCCCUGGAAAAACUGCAGUUGGACUACUUGGACUUGUACUUAGUUCACGUUCCUUUCAGCUAUCUCGAAAGGGGCGACGAGAUUCACCCUAGGAAAGAGGACGGAUCUAUGUUGAUUGACCCAACAACGGAUCAUGUUGCUGUUUGGAAGGCAAUGGAAGCGCAAGUCGCUGCCGGCAGAACAAAAGCCAUCGGAAUCUCAAAUUUCAACGAGCGCCAGAUUGAAAGAAUCGUGGCCAACGCCACUAUCAAGCCUGUAAAUUUGCAGGUUGAGGUACACGCGUACUUCCAGCAAAGGUCUUUGGAAAAGUUGUGCAAGAAGCAUGGAAUCUCAAUGGUCGCUUAUUCACCCCUCGGCUCGAAAAGCAUGCAGCGCAUUCUUGCCCAAGUUGGCAUUGAAAAAGAGCUGCCCGACUUGUUUGACAACCAGGUGGUCUUGGAAAUUGCAACCAAAUUGGGGAAAACGCCGGCGCAAAUUUUACUCAGACACACUGUGCAAAGAGGAAUUGCGGUCAUUCCAAAAAGUGUCAAUCCACAGAGGAUGCGCGAAAACUUUGAGAUUUUGGAUUUUGAGUUGAGCUCUGAGGAUGCAAAAGCCCUUGAUGCUCUGGACCAAGGACCAGCGGCCAGAGUUUUGGAUUUCAGUUUUUUCAAAGGGAUCCGUGAACAUCCAGAGUUCCCAUUUUAAAACAAAGGAGAGACUAGAAGUUUUUGUUCUUUGUUAUUUUUACCAGUACGGUGCAUUUUUAAUAAGUUGAAAAAUAAUUAUUCCUGAUAUAUCAAAUAAAAGUGUUGAAUUAAAAAUAAAUUAAUUAU